CAAAGCUGGUAGGUCAAAUUCAAUUCAGUUCUUGUGUGGCCAGUUUGAGAAGGACUGCCACAUUAAAGUUAAAGUUUUAUAGAAUAUAAGCGCGUGCGCUUUGCCCGUUAAUUUUUAUUUGAUCGUCUGUAAAGACCUCAAUUCUCCACAAUGUCUUACUGCACGAGGAUUUUUCGAGCACAGAAACUAUGUGGAUUAACAGCAGACAUUCAGCAAAGAUGUUUCAGCAUGAGCCCGUUGAGCUUCGCUGCUGCGAAAGUAGCGAUGUCAAAAUUUGAUCAAUCCACCUACCUUCCAUAUGAUAAACUCAGUGAAAACUUAAAAGUUGUAAAGAAAAGGUUAGGUCGUCCAUUAACUCUUUCUGAAAAAGUAUUAUAUUCCCAUCUCGAUGAGCCUGAUAAGCAAGAAAUUGUUCGAGGAACAAGUUAUCUCAGACUUCGCCCUGAUCGUGUUGCAAUGCAAGAUGCUACGGCACAAAUGGCUAUGUUACAGUUCAUCAGCUCAGGACUGCCAAAGGUUGCCGUACCAUCAACAAUUCACUGCGAUCACUUGAUUGAAGCUCAAGUUGGAGGAGAGAAGGAUUUAAGCCGUGCCAAAGACAUCAAUAAAGAAGUAUACAACUUUCUUCAAUCAGCUGGAGCUAAAUACGGAGUAGGUUUUUGGAAUCCCGGUUCUGGAAUUAUCCAUCAAAUCAUCUUGGAAAAUUAUGCUUUUCCGGGAUUAUUAAUGAUUGGUACUGAUUCACAUACACCAAACGGUGGAGGUUUGGGUGGCUUAUGUAUUGGUGUUGGUGGUGCUGAUGCUGUGGAUGUGAUGGCUAACAUUCCUUGGGAGCUGAAAUGUCCCAAGGUGAUUGGAGUUAAGCUUACAGGAGAAUUAAAAGGCUGGACAAGUCCGAAAGAUGUGAUCUUGAAGGUAGCUGGAAUUCUUACAGUAAAAGGAGGAACUGGUGCUAUUGUGGAAUAUUUUGGACCUGGUGUAGAUAGCAUUAGCUGCACCGGAAUGGCUACUAUCUGUAAUAUGGGUGCUGAAAUUGGAGCUACUACAUCUAUUUUCCCAUAUAAUUUCCGCAUGCAAGAUUAUCUUAAAGCGACAAGUCGUGCUGAUAUUGCAGCUGCUGCUGAUAUGUUCAGGUCUAGCUUAUUAACUGCCGAUGCCAAUGCUAAAUACGACCAACUUAUUGAACUGGAUUUGUCUACUCUUGAACCUCACGUCAACGGACCGUUUACUCCAGAUCUUGCGCAUCCCAUUUCCAAGCUUGGGGAAACUGCGAAGAAAAAUGGCUGGCCAAAUGAUAUUAAAGUAGGAUUGAUUGGUUCUUGCACAAACAGCUCGUACGAAGACAUGGGAAGAUGUGCUAAUAUUGCUAAACAAGCUAUCAAACACGGCCUUAAAUCCAAGUCUGCUUUUAAUGUCACACCUGGAUCCGAACAAAUUCGUGCCACUAUUGAGCGCGACGGUAUUGCUCAAACACUCCGCGAGUUUGGUGGAACUGUACUCGCUAAUGCCUGUGGGCCUUGUAUUGGUCAAUGGGAUCGUCAAGACAUUAAGAAAGGAGAUAAAAAUACUAUUGUGACAUCUUACAACCGUAAUUUCACGGGUAGAAAUGAUGCUAAUCCAGCUACUCACGCAUUUGUGACCAGCCCUGAGCUCGUUACUGCUCUUUCCAUUGCUGGACGGCUCGAUUUCAAUCCAGUUACUGAUAAGCUCAAGGGUGCGGAUGGAAAAGAAUUCCUUUUGGAUAAUCCAUAUGGUGACGAACUUCCAUCUCGUGGAUUUGAUCCCGGCAUGGAGACUUACAAUGCUCCUCCUGCUGAUGGCAGCAAAGUUAAAGUUGAUGUAGAUCCAAAAUCACAAAGAUUACAACUGUUGGAACCAUUUGACAAAUGGGACGGUAAAGAUCUCACCGAUUUGACAGUUCUUAUCAAAGUCAAAGGCAAAUGUACGACUGAUCAUAUCUCUGCUGCUGGACCUUGGCUAAAAUACCGUGGUCAUCUUGACAAUAUUUCAAACAACAUGUUCAUUGGAGCUGUUAAUUCCGAAAAUGGUGAAGUAAACAAAAUUAAGAACCAAUUAACUGGUGAAUGGGGAGCUGUCCCUGAUGUAGCUCGUCAUUACAAAAAGAAUGGAGUAAGGUGGGUAGCAGUUGGAGAUGAAAACUACGGAGAAGGAUCAUCUCGCGAGCAUGCAGCUUUGGAACCACGUCAUCUUGGAGGUCGUGCCAUUAUCGUUAAGAGUUUUGCACGUAUCCAUGAAACUAAUCUCAAGAAACAAGGUCUUCUACCAUUGACCUUCGCUAAUCCAAGUGACUAUGAUAAAAUUCAACCUACUGAUAAAAUCAGUUUACUUGGAUUAAAAGAUCUUGCACCUGGAAAACCUGUCAAAGCAGAAAUUAAACAUAAAGACGGUAAAGUAGAUGCAAUUAUGCUAAACCACACAAUGAAUGAGCAACAAAUUGGUUGGUUCAAAGCUGGCUCUGCUCUCAAUCGUAUGAAGGAAAUUGCAUCAGGACAGUAAAAAUAUUAAUUUAAUUAUCUAAUAAUUAUUCUUAUUUUUAUUGCCCAUGUAAAAGAAUGCUGUGACAUAACUUGUGAAUGUCAGUAUGCAAUCUAUUCUAGGUAGGCUUUUUUAGCUGAAGAACUCUUUAUAUCAACUGUUUCGAAAACAGUCAAGUCACAAUAGUCGAAGAUAUUGAUUUUGGCACGACGCUAGAACGUGUAGUCAUUGAAAAUUAUGAGAACAAAUCAGAAUCUUGUACUAAUAUUUUCAUGAAUCGUACGACAAUGAUUAUGCUGAUAAAAGUGAUAUUCAAAUUAUCUUGAAUUAAUUAAAAAUUAAUAAAAAUUUUUACCGUUAUUACGGUUAAGAAAGAGAAAAAAAAAAUAAUUAAUCGAGAGAACUGAUAAAAUUGUGAUGUAUCGUUUCGAUUAAACAAAAUCUAUUUAAACCGUUACUAAUUACCUCGUGAAUUAUUAUUUAAUCAUCUAUUUAUGUAAUUUCAGAAUUAAUUCAUUAUAUUAUGUCAACUCUUCUUAUUUUAUUUUUUUGUAAGGUGUGUCUGAAUUUUUAUGACCAUUUCAAGAGCAAUUUAAUAUUGAAAUAAAAUUUUUUAUUAUUGGGUAUUUCAUCAACAUCCAGCCCCGUUACCAAUAAUAAAUAAUUUUUGUUUUGAAUUAAAUUGUAUACUCAUAAAUCGUACGCAGUGAUUGUGUAUAUAGAAUGUAGAGUGUAAAAGAAAUUCGUAUUUUUAAAUUCAAUCAUUGUUAUUUGUAGAUGAAAUUAUCUAAUCAACUUGUACAUUAUUCUCAUCAUAUUGAGGAGACAAUUUGAGCUUAAAUUCAAUACGAGCUCUUGUACGAUUCCCAAUAAAAAUGAUGUCUGACAAAUAUAUUUGAAAAAACUACAAA